UGUCUCAAGAGGGAAAAGAAUCUGAAUUCGUUUGAUUUUUCUUUUCCCUAUAAAAAAAAACAAUAUCAAUAAGUAUUUGGAAUAAAGAAAAAUAAAAAUGUCUGCUGUACCUGUAUCUGCGUCAAGGGUGUUUAUUAGUGCAGAAAAGUCUUCUAUGUAUCGGUGGUUUGUACAGCCUGCCGUGAAUGCGUUUCAUUAUAUUGAGCGUCGUUCGCAGCGUAGGCUUGCAAUGUUAGAACCUGAAACGAUGAAAUAUGUUCAAGCGCACGAGGCUGACGGCACCGACGCCGCAAAAGCUCUCACAAGCUUCCACAUUCAACAGCAGCGGCAUCUUCUCCAUUAUCGUGUCCUACGUUUUUGCACAGAGUUUCGAUAUUUAUUUUCCAUGCAGUACUUCAAGAAUUAUAACGUGAAAGAUUUUGUGUGGGAUGCUCGCUUUCUGACAAGGGCGUUGUUUUUAUUUAUCGUGGGGGUGAUAGUCGGGCGACAGAGUGUAUUCCCGCUGAUUGAACCGGAUAGUCCGUUUGUACAGGGUUUAACACACAAAAUAAUUCCCAGCUAUUAGAAGAAGCGUGGAGAAAAGUGCAGUAAAAUACGAUUAAAAUUAGUAUCGGUAUUAGUACCACUUAUAUUGUUUGCUGCUGCAUAUCUACCAAGACUUUUGCUUUCCUCACAAAAUGUUUUCUGCACAUAUGUGUUUUAUUUCGUUGUUAUAUUCUAAGACGGGAAAAAAGGAUAUAUUGCAGGUUAAUAAAAGGACCCCAACAUCCCCUUUGUCAAUACCUGAUCUUGAGCUUCUUACACGUUGACCUGAAACAAGGAAAUCAAAAAGUUAAUAAAUAUGAGUUGAGGGAGAUGUUAGAAGGAGAAGAGAUAUGUAUCGAUUCUCAUAUAAGCUGGUUAUACGUGUUCAAAGAGGUCUUUCUCCUCUUAAUAGUGGACAAAGUUUCCUUGAAUUCACGUGAAUCAGGGCUCUGUUUUCAAGCUUAUGCGCUAAAAACGUAUGUGGAGACUAAAAAUUAUUACAACAUAACGAUGGCAUAAAAAUUUGGACCCUUGUACGCAUAUACCCUUUUUGGAUUGCUGAAUGGGAUUACCUGAAUAUUGUUUAUUUAUUUGACGAA